GCGCUAUGACGGCCGCGGAGGCCCGGGGAACGGACCGCGAGGGGCCGUGCACGCCGGGGCUCUGCGUCCUCUGCGGCCUGCCGGCGGCGGGAAAAUCGACUUUCGCGCGGGCGCUGGCCCGCCGGCUGCGGCUGGAGCGGGGCUGGGCGGUGGGCGUCCUCUCCUACGACGACGUCCUGCCGGAGGCGCCCCCGGACGGGGCGGGCGCGCGGCCGCCGCCAUCUCAAUGGAAGACACUUCGACAGGAACUGUUGAAGUAUCUGGAAUGCUUCUUGAUGGUUGUCACUAAUGGAGGUCAAAUGUCUGCCCCAGCUAACAUUGCUGAAGCCAUGUGGGAAGAUUUCAUAACCUGCUUAAAGGAUCAAGAUUUGGUAAUUCCAGUAGUAUCUGAGGCCCAGUCUUGCUACGUCUUGGCAAAAACUGUCAUUUCCAGACCUUUGCUUUUGGUUUUAGAUGACAACUUUUAUUAUCAAAGUAUGAGAUAUGAAGUCUACCAACUGGCUCGAAAAUAUUCAUUAGGCUUUUGCCAGCUCUAUUUAGAUUGUCCUUUGGAGACCUGUUUGCAGAGAAAUUGCCAGAGACCGAAGGCAGUGCCUAACGAGACCAUCCACCUGAUGGGAAAAAAGAUAGAAAAACCUAACCCUGGGAAAAAUGCUUGGGAACACAACAGCUUCACAAUUCAGAGUCCAGCAUGUUCUAUGGAGGCCAGCCUUGAGGUGACUGAUGUAUUGCUUACUGCUUUGGAAAAUCCAGUAAAACACAUUGAAGACAAUGUGGAACAAAAGGAAACAGACAGAAUAAUUUGUUCUGCUAACAUUCUUCAUAAAGUGGAUCAGGCACUCCGAAGAACUGUCUCUCAGACCAUGAAGGAAGCAAAAGAUGAGCAAAUACUUCCUAACAACUUGAAGCUUUUAGCAGAAGAUCUCAACAAGCUCAAAGCAGGAUUUUUGGAAGACCUAAGACAAGGAAACAAAAAACACCUGUGCUUCCCACAAACCACUGACAUAUCAGAUGUCAUCUCUUCUUUUUGUAAUGAGAAAGACAACAUCAUGCAAAAGUAUUUUUCAAAGCAACAUUAAAAUUUCUGAAUUUCCAGUAAAAUA